GUCUCAGCAUAGGAGCCCUCCGUCUGAUGUCGCUGCCCUUUUCCGAUCUCACAGGGCAGGCUUCAGGGCCCCCCCCUGAACCCUCUUCCUCCAUUCGAGUCGCCACUGAAGGGGCACUGGCUGGAAUGGCUGUCAAAGGCCUUCCAAAACUGGCUGGAAGAGAUGCUACCCUUUCUCUCGCCCGGUAGGCAGCCAUCGUCUCUAUCAGUGGCUGUAAGAUAUGCUUGUCCCUCUCCUUGUGUGUGCAGAGUGGGUUCUGGUCUUGCGCGUCAUUCUGACCGGUACCCUCAUUUCUCUGUCUCUGCACCUGCUCACGAAAGCGGCUGAGGCCUACGUAGCGCGCCUCAACAGAACGGAUGCGUACGCAGUCUCUGAUCCCGACGUGUUGGCCUUCACCAACAGGAGCCCCCGAGGCGUCGGCCGUAUGGUCAGCCCCCGCGAGAAAUCAAGUCCGCGUGGCCCCAGGAGAGGCUGGGAUCCGUCCAGGGAUGACGAGCAUGGACACAGUGCAGACGACAAGAGCUCGGUAGGCUGAAUCUCUUGCGCACGCAUCGGGUGUGAGUGUUGGUGCUUGCUGGUGCAGCCCCGUGGCCUACGAGCAAGCCCGAGAAUUCCCAGAAGGGGAGGGCAGAGCCCGAGGCCGAGCGGAUAGUAAUCGUGAAGCGACUGGGGCGGAGACUUUCUAUGAUGUCACACAUUUUGACACUCAC